UUCCUGUUCUUCCAAAUGGAGUUUAAGUUUCCACGAGGUAGAAAUGGGGAAGCACCUAGUUGCAGCUCGAGGCCCGGCCACCGAUUUCACCGCCCGCCCAGGGACGCCCUUCCGAGGCUGAUUGAUUUCCACGCACCCACCCCUUCCUCCUCGCUUCCGAAAGGCAGAGCCUGGGCCAAGGGAGUCCGGCGUCCCCUGGAAGAGAAAGGCGAGCGCGACCCCAACGGGCCAAACCCACGAGAGCCUGGAGGCGGGGACCAAAGCCUUCCCCUCCCCGUUUCCUCAGUCCCUUCCCGGCUGGGAAAGAAAAGGACGGCGGACCCGCCUCUCUCCAUCUUCGCCGGGCAGGAAGGGAAGGAAGGGGUAGCUGCUCUCCCACUCCGCUUCCGCUCUUCGUCACGUGGGAGGCACCCCCAGCUACGGAAGCCAACGAGGCUCAAUCCCGAAGGGGUUAGAUUUCGCCCCCCUCCCUCCCGGCAUCUGGAUUACGCCGAGGGAAAGGAAGGCGAGGAAGCGCCGCUACGGGUGCCGGCGAGGCCUCGGGGGUCUCUGCCAGGCGAGGAGAGAACGUGGAUGCCCCCGCCUCCUUUCGGCGUCCGAGAGCGGCCGUCGAAAAGAGGCGACCCCGUCGGCCCCGCGAGCGCCGCUCGGCGCGCCAUGGCCGGCCGCUCGAGGAACCCGCCGCUUCAGCAGCCGCCCGGCGAUACAAUCACUUCCGGUUUCUCUUCCCCCAACCCCCCAGCAGCAGCGGCAGCUCAGGAGGUCAGACCUGCCACGGAUGGUAGCAGCAGCUCUUCCUCCUCCUCUUCCUCCUCCUCUUCUACCACCAAGAAGAGAAAGUUGAACAGCAGCAGCAACAGCGGCGAGAGAGAAGACAUCGUCGACUCCAUCUCCUCCUCCUGUUCGUCCCUCCUGUCUCGAAACAGCGGUCCUUCCUUGCCCGGUCUCCUUAUCACCGCCUCCACGGCCUCCUGUUCUUCCUCCUCCUCCUCUUCCUCAGGGCUUGCUUCUUCCAACCACCACCUGCAGAAGAAGCUGCGUUUCGAGGACUCCUUGGAUUUUAUCGGACUGGAUGUGAAGAUGGCCGAAGAGUCGUCCUCUUCCUCGUCCGCCUCGUCGCCGGCUGCGUCUUCGCAGCACCAGCAGCACCAGCAGCUCAAAAACAAAAGCCUCUUAAUCUCCUCAGUAGCAGUGGGACACCACGCCAACGGCCUGACCAAAGCUGCCUCCUCCACUGUCUCCAGUUUUGCAAACAGCAAACCUGGGUCAGCCAAGAAGUUAGUGAUCAAGAACUUUAAAGACAAACCUAAACUGCCUGAAAAUUAUACGGAUGAAACCUGGCAAAAACUGAAAGAAGCUGUAGAAGCGAUUCAGAACAGUACUUCAAUUAAGUACAACUUAGAAGAACUUUACCAGGCUGUUGAAAAUCUUUGCUCCUACAAAAUUUCUGCAAAUUUGUACAAGCAAUUAAGGCAGAUUUGUGAAGACCAUAUCAAAGCACAGAUUCAUCAGUUCAGAGAGGAUUCGUUGGACAGUGUUCUUUUUCUUAAGAAAAUAGACAAAUGUUGGCAAGACCACUGCAGACAGAUGAUAAUGAUUAGGAGUAUCUUUUUGUUCCUGGAUCGAACUUACGUUCUCCAAAAUUCAAUGCUGCCAUCAAUUUGGGAUAUGGGGCUGGAAUUGUUUAGGACUCAUAUAAUUAGUGAUCAGAAAGUCCAGAACAAAACCAUUGAUGGCAUUCUUCUCUUGAUCGAGAGGGAAAGAAACGGAGAGGCUAUUGACAGGAGUCUACUCCGUAGCCUCCUAAGCAUGCUUUCAGACUUGCAAAUUUAUCAGGAUUCUUUUGAGCACAGAUUCUUGGAAGAAACAAACCGUCUCUAUGCUGCAGAAGGACAGCGGCUUAUGCAAGAAAGAGAGGUCCCUGAAUAUCUUCACCAUGUCAAUAAACGCUUGGAAGAAGAGGCAGACAGGAUUAUAACGUACCUGGAUCAAAGCACUCAGAAACCACUAAUCGCCACUGUAGAAAAACAGUUGCUAGGUGAACAUUUAACAUCCAUUCUGCAGAAAGGUUUAAAUCAUCUCCUGGAUGAAAAUAGAAUUCAAGAUUUGUCACUACUCUAUCAGUUGUUUAGUAGAGUCAAAAAUGGAGUGCAAUCUCUUUUGCAACAAUGGAUUGAAUACAUAAAGGCAUUUGGUAGCACCAUUGUCAUUAACCCAGAAAAGGACAAAACCAUGGUCCAGGAGCUGCUGGAUUUCAAGGAUAAAGUGGAUCACAUUAUCGACAUCUGCUUCUUGAAAAAUGAGAAGUUUGUCAACGCCAUGAAAGAAGCUUUUGAAACCUUCAUCAACAAAAGACCCAAUAAACCGGCUGAACUCAUAGCUAAAUACGUAGAUUCAAAACUUCGUGCAGGCAACAAAGAAGCUACCGAUGAGGAGCUUGAAAAAAUGCUGGAUAAAAUAAUGAUCAUAUUUAGAUUCAUCUAUGGAAAAGAUGUUUUUGAGGCCUUUUACAAAAAAGAUCUCGCCAAGCGACUCUUGGUAGGCAAAAGUGCAUCAGUAGAUGCUGAAAAAUCCAUGCUGUCAAAACUCAAACAUGAAUGUGGUGCUGCUUUCACCAGCAAACUUGAAGGAAUGUUUAAAGACAUGGAGCUCUCAAAAGAUAUUAUGAUACAGUUUAAGCAAUAUAUGCAAAAUCAGAAUGUACCUGGCAACAUUGAACUCACCGUGAAUAUUUUGACCAUGGGCUACUGGCCUACAUACGUGCCUAUGGAGGUCCAUCUACCAUCAGAGAUGGUGAAGCUGCAGGAAAUAUUUAAGACUUUUUACCUGGGAAAACACAGUGGCAGGAAACUUCAGUGGCAAUCCACAUUAGGACACUGUGUAUUGAAAGCUGAAUUUAAAGAGGGCAAGAAAGAGCUCCAGGUAUCUUUGUUCCAGACUUUAGUGCUACUUAUGUUUAACGAAGGUGAAGAAUUCAGUUUAGAAGAAAUAAAGCAAGCGACCGGAAUAGAGGAUGGAGAGCUAAGGAGAACCCUCCAGUCAUUAGCCUGUGGCAAGGCCCGAGUGCUGGCCAAAAGUCCCAAAGGGAAAGACGUAGAAGAUGGAGACAAAUUCACUUGCAAUGAUGACUUCAGGCAUAAACUCUUCCGGAUAAAAAUCAACCAGAUCCAGAUGAAAGAAACGGUAGAAGAACAAGCUAGCACUACAGAGAGAGUCUUUCAGGAUCGUCAGUACCAAAUUGACGCAGCAAUAGUGAGAAUCAUGAAAAUGCGCAAGACGCUUACCCACAAUCUGCUUGUCUCUGAAGUAUACAACCAGCUGAAAUUCCCAGUAAAGCCUGCUGACCUUAAGAAGAGAAUAGAAUCGUUAAUUGACAGAGACUACAUGGAAAGAGACAAGGAGAAUCCCAAUCAGUACAACUACAUUGCAUAAACACACAAUGAGCCUUUUUUUUUCCUUUUCUGCACACUGAUGUUCUUGGUUACUGAUGGAUAAACAAGCCUGUUGAUCCCAUUAAAUUAACCUUUUUUCUACUACCAAUGACUGAAUGAAAGCAACCUCUAAUGGGAUUGUGGGCAGGGGGGAAGAAAUAUAGUCAAGUGGUCUUUUUUUUUUCAGUGGCUUUACAUGCCCGUUUAAAAGAGUAGUAUUUACAUUUUUAUGAAGAAUGCUGUUGAACUCUUUGCAUGAUAUUUGGUAUGAACUGUGGAAGAUUGCAAGGAAGUAUCCGGUCUUUAUAAUUGCACCCCUUCCUUCAGGUUUAAAGGGACAGCCUCUCUUUAGCACAUCGCGCUCAUCCCAUUUUGAAAAGGAAAAAAAAAACUAAAAUGUGUAGCGUUUUUAUUAAGAAAACAAAACCCCCAAGUUACAACCUUUUUUUUUAAAAAAAAAAAAAGACGCUUAAACUGCAUGCAAAUGUCUAACCGCUAUAUGAAAUUAUUGGGUUUUGUUUAUUGGACAACAAAGCCUAUGUGGAUUGGCAAUCUUCAGAAUGAAAAGCUGCUCUCAUAUUUCCUAAACAUAACAAAAUUGUUCUGUAGGUGUUAGAAAGAAAAGCACGCCACUGGAUUUUCCCAAGGUUGAGAACAGGAACCUGUCUAAAAUGCGUGGAUAUGUGGUGCAAAUAUUACUGUGAAAAGCUUAAGGGAAUUAGGCUGCUGCUUACUUCCUUCAUCCUUAAGUGUAAGUACUUUUAAAAAAACAAAAACAAGUCAUGAUAUCAGAGUUCAUUGUGAAGGGGGGAGAAUUUUUAGAGGAUCAUUAUUUCAGAAACUCUUAAUGAAUGUCAGGGUGUAAUGUGAUAGCUGCACUGGAUGUUUAUUUCCCCCCCUUCCCCGUGCAAAAUUGGAGGUUUUACCCUUCUUCUGAAUUGCACAUGUUUUAUUAUUAGACCAAGAAUUGAACAGGUAUUUAUAAAACGGUGCCUUCCAUCCCAUCCAGCUAUAGUGAGGAGGAGAGUUAUAGCUUAAACCAGUGUUUCUCAAACUUGGCAGCUUUAAGAUGUGUAGGCUUUGCUGGCUGGGGAAUCCUGGAUGUUGCAGUCCACGUGUCUUAAAAGUUGCCAAGUUUUUUUUAAAAAAACAACAACACUAGCCUAAAUAAUACCUCUGCUCUCUCUUCGUUCGUUGAGUCAUGCUGGAUUCUGGAAGGAGGAGGAGACCAUUUCUAGACAGACUGGAUUUACUGAGCAUGGUUCCCAUCAUAACGGUACCUUUUCCCUACCUGGUCCUGUUAGUAAGGGGCUAUAAGUCAGCUAGCAGGAAAAGUCUAAGAGCUGCUUAUCAUCUCUUCCAGUGCCCGGUGAUUUUCAGAUACAUACAAUUCUAAGAGAACAUUAGGAUGGUAUUAAAAGAGUACCCAAACGCUGUUUUUGAAUCACAGCGGCUUCUCAGUAACCUACCUUCAUUGCUUUUAAUUUGUUACACCAAAUCUGUGGGUAGACUGAGUUGGUUUUUCCAUCCGAAGGUCCUGCACUGUUGCAUCCCAUCAAAAAUCCUGUUUUUAAUCAGGCGCUUUCAAACCCAGUAUCCAUGUUCAGUAUUCAUCUCUAUGAACAGCCGAAUCCAGUGCUAAUCAUAACUGUGGCCCUUCAGAACUGACCUGGCGGGGUUUUUCCUUAACUUGUCCAACCCAGAAAAUCUCUGGAUUGAAAAUUUAUCAGACCUUAAAGCCACCUUCUCUCUUCCUGGCACAGACCUCCAGUGGAAAUAUUUAGCCAUCCAUGGCCUUCCUAGCCUGGUCAUCUAGAAAAUGAAUGUUUCCUGCCUAAGAGCGACAUUUAUGUACAUUUAUCUUUCAUCUAGGCUAGUUUAGCAGGCCAUCUUGUUGGUACAUCUGUGUCUAGGAACUCAGGGAGACAAGCAUUCCUCACAGAAAUUGGGUUUCUUUUAAACCUCCAAUCGUCAAGUGAUGCUGGGGAGUUUUUUUUCUCCCUUAAAGAGACUCUGUAAGAGGAGAAAAAAGUUCAUAAUAAGUCAGUUCACCAAAUCAUAUUCCCUAAGUGAUGCUGAAUAAUAGCUAUUUUUCAGCCAUAUCGGCCAGCAACUUUUCUUUCUGCUGGCAUCGUGUGCCUGCUUUAUGGAGCCAUAAAAAUAUUUAUAAUAGAUAUGUAUAUAAAAAUGACUGACUUUUUUCCCCCAACCAGGGGCUAAAGCAGAGACCCACAGCUUGUAUGGACAUAAAUUUUUAAAAUCUUUUUUUUUUUUCUGUUGCAUGCAGUUUAUAGCAGCCGCCUUUGUAUGAAAUCAGAAUUUUGUUGAUUUUAGUUUGAAGGUUUUUUAACCAAAAAAAAAAACACUUUAUAGCCAACAAAAUGAUUUUUUUUGCUAAUUUACAUUUAAGCGACCACAUGGUUUCAGAAUUAAUGGCAAAGGUGUUGUACAAAAUUAUUUGUUCUAUAGUAUACACAAAGGUGCCAAAGUACACAUUAGUUAAUUUAAAGAAAAUAGACAAUUGUUAAUGUUAUUUUAGCUGUGGUUUUAUUUACCUUUAUUCAUAAUUCAGAUGCUCGUUUUAUCUGUCUAAUGCGUGCCCCAUUUCUGUGUGUUUAAACGUGUGUUCCCGUCUUGAUUUCUCCAAAACACAAAACAUUUUGUCUUUCUAAUUUUCUUCAAAAUAAAUUUUUUGUUUUGUUUUGUUUUGUGCAUUGGAAAAAUACCACUUCUACUUUUAGUGACUAUAUAAGAACAUCACCACCUCCCUAAAUGUUUAAAACUCUAAAAGAGUCCAGCAGCAUUCAAAAAUGUAAUAUACUUUUUUGUAUAGACACAUUCUUUGGAAAGAAUAUCUUUGCAAUGGGUGGAGGGAGGGGACAGACAGCAGUGGGAGGGGAAAAAAAUAAUCCUGUUUCUUUUAAGGAGCCACUUCAGUAGGCUAUUUAAGAUUGUGCUUGUUUAUUGCAUAGAAGUGUUCUAUUUACACAGGUCUGCAAAGAGGACAUGUCCGCAUUAAUUCCUUCAAUGCAAAUAAAAUACCAAACCCGAAACAAUUUUCAAACGCUUCAUAAGUCAAAGUGGAUGGGGUACAGAGAGUCUCUUUGGUAAAUAAUGUAAAUACAUGUCCUUUAAAAAGAGUGAGUCUGUUAUCUAGGUAUUUUGUGUCAUUUAAUAAAUAAUAAACAGUUUUGUGUUGCU